UCAGCACCUGUGUGCAGCCCACAGCCCUGGGGAGCAGGUCAGCUCUGUCAUCUGCACCAUGAGGAUCUGGUGGCUCCUGCUUGCCACUGGAGUCUGCAUAGGGAACGCGAGCUCACAGGACACGUGCAGGCAAGGGCACCCUGGUGUCCCGGGGAAUCCCGGUCACAAUGGUUUGCCUGGAAGAGAUGGACGCGAUGGAGCGAAGGGUGACAAAGGGGAUGCAGGAGAACCAGGACAUCCUGGUGGUCCAGGGAAGGAUGGAAUGCACGGACAGAAAGGGGAACAAGGAGCAGAUGGAAGAGUUGAAGCAAAAGGCAUCAAAGGAGAUCCAGGCUCCAGAGGACCCCCAGGGAAACAUGGGCCAAAGGGAUUUGUUGGCCCCUUGGGGGAGAAAGGCCUCAGAGGAGAGACUGGUCCUCAAGGGCAAAAGGGGGAGAAAGGUGAUGUGGGUCCCAUUGGCCCAGCAGGGCUAAAGGGCAACAGUGGACCUGUGGGCCCAACUGGUCUGCAGGGCCCCAUGGGCCCCCUUGGAAAGCCUGGCCCCAAGGGAGAUGCUGGGCCCUUGGGACCUCAAGGUGAGCCAGGAGCCCGGGGAAUGAGAGGCUGGAAAGGGGAUCGAGGAGAAAAAGGAAAAAUUGGUGAGACUCCAGUCUUGCCCAAAAGUGCUUUCACUGUGGGGCUCACUGUGCUAAGCAAGUUUCCUUCCUCAGACGUACCCAUUAAAUUUGACAGGAUCUUGUAUAACGAAUUCAACCAUUAUGAUAUAGCUACGGGAAAAUUUACCUGCCACAUUGCCGGGGUCUAUUACUUCACCUACCACAUCACCGUUUUCUCCAGGAAUGUGCAGGUAUCUUUGGUCAAAAAUGGGGUAAAAAUACUGCACACGAAGGACAGUUACAUGAGCUCUGAGGACCAGGCCUCCGGCGGCGUGGUGCUGCCGCUGAAGCUGGGGGACGAGGUGUGGCUGCAGGUGUCCGGAGGGGAGAGGUUUAACGGCCUGUUUGCGGACGAGGAUGAUGACACAACGUUCACAGGCUUCCUCUUGUUCAGCAGCUAACGAUGGAGAGUGUUUAUAAACCUGCCUUGCCAUCCAUCAGAUUUGCUAGUAGCUCUGUGAGGAUACAAUAGACGAUGUUUCUAUAUUAAUUACUCUCAGUAUUGUAAUUAUCAUAAAAAGGUAAAAAUAGAAGCGUUAUUCUUAA